AUGGCUGAAAUUAAUUGCGAUGUUCAAAUCAAAACACCCGUAACUAAACAUCACGGUGCUCUUGAAUUUUUGUUCGGUGAUGAAGUAAACUGUAAUCAAGCUGAUUCUGACAUUCAGUAUCAAAAUUACUUGACAGAACCACAGUUGAAAUUUGAUUUUGAUGCACUAGAAUGGUGGAAGACACAUACAUCAAAAUAUCCAUUAAUUGUUGCUCUGGCAAUGAAAUAUUUAGGGAUACCAGCAACUUCAGUUAGUUCUGAAAGAUGUUUCUCAACCGCUGGAAACAUAGUAUCGGCCAAGAGAAGUUGUUUGGCGCCCGAAACGGUGAACAUGUUGAUUUUUCUUUACCAAAACAAACAAUUAUUAUAA